UUUGUUUUGUUUUUCAAGUUCGGUACGAAAACAAACUUUAGGCAAUUUAUAACCAUUUUCAGUUGGUUAAGGUUAGUGAAAAUUUGCAAUUAUGAAUAUUAUGUAUAAUCGAGUUAGUCAUUGGAUGUCCGGACUUCUAAAGACACAUCCCGAAAUUUAAGUACAAACAUGAGUAGUGUGAAUGAAGAGUUUCGCCAUUUGGACUUUGAUCAGCUAAAUGAGGCUAGAAAGAAAAAGGAUACUAUUCUGAUUGAUGUGAGAGAGAAUGAAGAGUUGGCUGAAACUGGUACCAUCCCUGGAGCUCAUCAUAUUCCAGUGGGUGAAAUGGCCAAAGCACUAGCAACCCCAGAUGAGGAAUUUAAGAAAAUGUACAAAUUUUCCAAGCCUGCACAAGACUCGAAUGUGAUAUUCUCUUGUAGAUCAGGAAAGCGGAGUCUAGCUGCUUUAGAAGUGGCUCUGGCAAAUGGAUAUUCAAAUGCGAGGCAUUACAAAGGGGGUUUCCUUGACUGGGAGAAAAAUACAUCUGGAACCAACUAAUCGUAAUUUAUUUAAAGGUAAUGUGGGAUAUAACGGAAAAGCAAGCAUUCAAAAAGGUUGAAAAUUUUAUCAUUAUCAUUUUAUUAUUUUUAGUGUAUAUACCUCAUAAUACCUUAUAAACAAUAUUAUAAGAAAUUAUUAUAUUGUUUUAAGUCUUUUAAACAUUUUUUAAUCAAAUGUGUUACAGAAGUGUUAAAGGGCAUUUCACUGUUUGUGUAAUGCAACUUUCUGUCAAAAGCAAAAAAUAUAUACGGAUUUUAACUUAUCUUUCAAAUUAUUCAUUGUUAAUAAUGAACGUAAAAAAAAUCGUUUUGUAAUGUUGAGACUUCACAAGUUCAGCAAUUUUGUUUGUUUGAUAUUUAAACAAUAUUUAAACAAAUCCUCUAAAAAUGUAUAGGUGUUAUAUAUUUAAUUAUUUGAAUGAUAAAUAUUGUGAAUGGAAGGUUAUUACUUUUAAUAAAAUAAAAAUGAAUUAUAGCUAUGUUUAUAAAGAACAGAUUUGUUAUGUAGAUUUAUUGUAAUGGAAUAAGUGUUAAAUAUAUUUAUAUUUGUUA